AUUGUCAACUUCAAAUAAAAAUGUCAUGUUUGUUAUGAAUAAAAAUUACAGUAAACCCAUUAAGUAAAAAUAUGAAGAUAUAAUUUCGAAAGGCCAUCUCCAGUAUGUCCAGUCGUAUGGAAGAGAAAGUAACAAAUGUAGUAAAUUAUGGUUUAAAAAAUAAAGGGUGUCGAAGUAAUGCGGGAUGUGAAUUUGAUGGUGUUAAUUCAGGAUCUUUGAUGUCGAUUUGUGAAGUUGCUAGCUUGGAUCUCCUCGUAAACACCGAUUCGGACAUAAACGCAAAAGUAAAAAUUCUAGAGUCGAAAUGUAAGGAAUUCGCAAGGAACAACGCCUCGUUGUCGCAAGAACUUUUGCAGCAAAGAACGUUAAUCAACAAGCUUCAGUCGAAAGUCCUUUUCGUCAAAGAAAAUCAGGACGUAUUCACCCGGGUAAAAGAAGCAUAUAUGAACUUAAAGUACAAUGAGUCCACCGGACGAAAAUUGGUACUGGUUCACGAGAAAGAAUCCCAAACAAAUGAUGAUUUUUCAUGCAACUCUUGUGUGCAAACUGUAAAGAUCAGAAACGAAUUAAAUAAAAAAAUUCAAGAAUUUCAAGGGGCUCAAAUUAUUCCAAGAGAAUUAAUUGAUAAGGUCACGCGUUUGAUUGAAUACAUAAAAGGCGAAGCCGAAAGACGAAACAAGCAAUAUCAAUUGAAUGAAAGAAGGGAAUGGAUAUUUAAAAAAAUUGUAAAGAACCUGGAAAACCAAAACGAUGACUUGAAACGUCUACUACAGAGCAAACAAGAGAGUUUUCAUUCUUCUAAACAAGAAGAGGAGAUACUUAAACAAGAAGUUUUUACUCUAAAAGAUAUUAUUAUAAAACUAGAAACUGAAAUAAGGGAGUUGAGUGUGCGACAAUCAAUUAAUUCAGAGUAUGAAGCCGCAACUCACCACUUGUCAAGACACGGAACUAAAAUUACACCCGAACUUAUAGCUAACAACCUAAGAUCAUACUCAAGAAAGUCGGUGAGGUCAAGAAGCAAGAGCAGAAGAAAGGUAUUUUAUGAAGAUGCAAAUCAUGCCAAGCAAUAUACUGAUAAUUUAGUUAAUAAUAUGGUGAAUUCCUUUGACAAUCGUUAUCACAUAUUGUAUAAAUGAAAAUAAACGUGUUUUGUGACACAGUCAA